CCAUUACUUUGUAGUAGACUGCUUUUCUUUCUUUUUCUGGAAUGUUAAAACAACUUUUUGCUCCUUUCAAAACAAGAUGCCGAUGUUGUGAAUGCUUAACACAAGUAGCUGCUGCCGUCACUGAUUUCGAUGCGAUGAUGAUCAUGAAGGCAACCUAAUAACAUCAGUAAAUAGUGGUAGUCGGUGCAAGUAGUGAUACACUCAAUUGUUUUCUUUAAAACAGCGUAUAGUGAAUUAAAAUAUAUUGUAUUACAUAUUUUCUAACGUUUGUUUGUGUGGACAAUUGGAUAUCUAUUGGGCCUCGAUUAACAACUGGUUUGUUAAGUUUUUUUAUUGUCACCCAACAGUUUAAGCAAAUAUCGUUACAAUCGUGUUCGGCCGUCUUCGUGUAAUUAAUGUGGAAUUAGAGGAUCUAUACUACCUUCAUGUAUUGUGUGUUUCAUAAAGUUAGCAAGUCUCCCCAAAGGAUUACAAAGCAAAGCUGUGAUGACAUCACGUAACGGUAAAAAGAUUUCAGCAUUACGUACGCUUUGGAUACCGGGGAAACGUAAAUGUCAUCCUAAAGGAUAUUAUGAUACAACAAAUAAAAAAAUUUCGUAUCCAAACAAACAGAAAAAGAGUCAGGUCUGGUCUCUAGGUGGUAGUACAGCGCAAAGAGAUUUAUUACAAGCAGAUCCAGAUACCAGUUUAUUAGAUGGCCCCUCUAGUUCUGGUCUGACGUCUAUUGCUUGUGUGGCCGCUGCAGCCACAACCACUGUAUGUGCAGAUCCUGGGACGACUAAUGAUGCUUCGAACGUGAAUACACAAAAUAUACGCAAUGUUAACUCAAGUAUCGUAGUCGAAACUGAGGAAUCGUUAAAUUCAAAGACAACAGAGCAUACGCCCACCUCACCAAAUAGCACAGCGUCUACACUACCGUUAGUAUCACCUACUCUAAGUCCUUUCGAUGAACAAUUAGACAAGGCCAUCGAGCACGUUGCGGUAACAAAAAUUAAUAAUAAUUAUUCAAUAAAUCCGUCCAUAAUGCCAACGAAAAGUUACUCCCCGAUAACAACGAUAGUAACUGCUACCACAACUGCUGAAAUAAUGGAGAAAAAUCGCUUCUCUUUGCUAAGUAAAGAAUUAGGUAGCAAUGAAUUUGAUAUAAAUACAUUGCCAUCGCCUCCAAAAACUUUUGCAAGUUCUAAUGAAAAUUUAAAUAGUUCACCUGAUACCACCCUUUCAACAGUUCAUACAGAAUCACCUCAUCGGGAUGUAAAUAUUCAGAAUGGUUCCAUAGCUAAUGCACAACAAAAACAAACUGCAAAUCAUUAUAAACAACGCAAUCAUAAUAACAAUCAGGGUGACGUUAAUUCAAUUGAAAGCAUAACUGAUGAUGUUGUUGAUGCAAAAAUGGUCAGCACCUUACAAGAAGAAACGCAGAAAAAUGAUCCCGAUGUGAGCAACUUAAUGAAAUCUAAAAAGAAACGCAAGAAGAAACAUGUACAAACUAAGGAAUUAGAUCAGUUAGAUGGAGUACUGCCAAAAGCCAACACCAACGACACUGUCAAGGAAGAAGAUGAAAAAGUGGUCAAAUGUUUAUAUUAUACACUAAUGUGUUGCGACUGCACAAUAUCAUAGAAAGCAAAAGAAGCACCAUAUAUAUAAAUAUAUAUAUAUAUAUAUAUAUAUAUAUAUCGAAUUUAAAAUGCAUUUAAUGAAAAUCAAAAUCAUUAGUCCGACGACUGAUUAAUCGCUCAAUAUUUAUUUGAAGAAUAUAAAUUUUCUUGAAUAUACAUAUAUAUGUGCGCAGAAAAUCAA